AGGUGUUGUGUAUCUUUGAACUGGUUUUCUUGACAAGUCAUUUUGAUGUUAUUGUAUAUUAGAGAAACAGAAGAAACAAAUAGUUAUGAAUUUUCUGGAGGAAGCAUUUGAAGAUGCUCUGGAGGUACUACAGGAAAACUCUGCCACUGAACAUUCAUCAGAAUAUGAAUGUUAUACAGCCCUCCUUGAAAACCAUCAAAAAGGAGACACAUGCAUCAUGACUCCAGCUUUAGAGACAGAUGCACACAGCUGGAGGAAUUCUAUAAUAAGUGGCUCAGAAGACUAUAUCAAUCACAGUAUCCAAAGCACACAAGAAGAUCACUUAAUCUAUGCUGUACCUACUAGUGCAUUUCCACUAAAAGAAGGAAGGAGGAAGCUUCGUCUGUUUGAAUAUCUCUAUAAUGCUUUGUGUGACCCCAGCAUGAUCAGCUGCAUUCAGUGGGUGGAUGGACCCAAUGGCAUCUUCCAAUUUGUCUCAAAGAACAAAGAGAAAUUAGCAGAGCUAUGGGGUAAAAGAAAAGGUAACCGUAAAAUCAUGACUUACCAGAAAAUGGCCAGAGCCCUGCGAAAUUAUGGCAGAACGGGAGAAAUUAUGAAAGUCAGAAGGAAACUGACCUAUCAGUUCAGUAAGCUGGUUUUACAAAGACUGUCCCCGGUUUGCUUGUCUGGGAAAGAAAGCACAUACUACCAAUAUGUUCAGCCUGACCUGGAAUACUGGAGUAACUAUCAUGCCAUGGACAAUAAGUAUGCUCACAAUAGCAAUGUAUAUACUUUCAGCUAUCAGUAUACUUAAAAAAACAUGCACUUAUUGCAUAUUUCAGCAAAACUGAAACAGAGUCAGUGGGCCUUUAUUAUAAACGGAGAGUGGAAAAAACAUAUAUAAUGGAUUGCCAGUGCGAAUAGCUGACCCCUUAAGUGAGCCGGAGUGCCUGAGGAUGCUAAGAAGGGCCCCUGAUCAGCUGUAAUGUGAGACGGCCACAACUACUGACAAUAGUUUGGGCCAUUCCACAAUAAUUAAAUGAGUUUUGGCCCUGACUCCUACUCCUCCUUGUGUCCCACUUGCAUCCGCAGGCCUACUGAUUUUUAAAGGUUCCUAAGUAUGCUCAUUGGUUACAUUUGCCAAAUCAGAUGCUUUUGUUUUUAUCACUUUUUAGGCCCCAGGAAAUCGUAUUUGUUGUAAAAACACACACACUUUUCUCAUUGCUUUUAUAUUAUACUUCUACAGUUUUUAUUUAAUGAAGACAAUAAACAACUUUAUUAAGUAAAUAUAAUAAUCAACUUUUAUGAAGUAAAUGUAAUAACGCAAAAAGAUAUCUGUAUUUUGCUAUACGAUAAAAAAUAAACAUUUGUGUUAAUGAUCUUGAUCAUUUAUACAGUACUCGUUGUAAGUUAAAAAAAUAAUUUUUUUUUAUGGAAGUCAAACUGGACCUCUGUUCUCAAAUAAUGGUUAAAAUAUAGUUAAUGCAUUUAGUAAUAUUUCACAUGUCAACAAUUAUAAUUUUCUCCACAUUUACAGGCAGACAAAGCUGUCCAGCAAAAGUGACAGUGACAAAACUAUAAUACUGAGUAUUGUAAGCUGAUUUUAAACAUGAAAGCGUGCCUGAGAAGUUAUAGUUUGCUACAACUCAUGCUACAGGAGUCUGUGGUAGUGAGAACAGGUCAGACAUUUUGCACGGCGACUGCCAACACAGCACCUGGCUCUGUGAAUGCAGUGAACUUGAGCCACUGCCUCUGCUUCAGUGCCGGCC